UAGACCAGAUGGUGACUCGGCAGACAAACCCAGCUGAGGUCACAGUUAAGCUUUUGGACCAGGAACUUACCAUGACUUCAGAACAAACUAGAGAGGUUAAACCUUCUCCAACCAUGCAAGAGACUCCAACUCAACCUCUAGAGGUACCAAGGGAUGUAGUAGCUCCAGCCUAUUAUGAAAUAACAGUUCCAACGCCGGGUCAGGAUCAAGCCCAGCAUACAACAUCCCCUGGUGUCACGAUCACAGUUUUACCUUUGAGCCUGGAAUUUGUUGUAACUUUAGCAACUACAUCAGAGGUUGAACAUCCUGUGGCUCUGGAGAGGAUGGCAGCUCCCCAUCCAGACCAGAUUCAGACUCAGCCUCCAAUCCCGACUGAAGUUACAAUUCAAAUAUCCGACUCGGACAUUACCGUAACUCAAAAUUCGUUGCCAAAUUACAACAUGGAACAAGAGAUUGCCAAUAUCAACACCGACAUGAACACCAGCAUAUGUGAGCUCUGUACCUGCAGAGAUGAGACACUGUCGUGUGUUGGUCUCAGCCCAGAGAAGAGACUCCGCCGAGUGCCUGUGCAGGAGCCUGAAGCCUAUAAUGGCACCUUCACCGUCUUAAAUUUCCAAGGAAAUGCUAUUUCUUACAUUGAUGAGAAUGUAUGGAAAUCAUACCGUUGGACUGAGAGACUAAUUCUCAGUGAAAAUCAUUUGACCGAAUUACAUAAAGAUUCAUUUGAAGGCCUGCUAUCCCUCCAGUAUUUAGUGAAAGGCUGGAUUUAAGGAACUGGAAAGGACAGGCACACACCCUCAGAACAGCUUAUCACACACGCCCGGCUUUGUUCCGCAACCUGAAUGUUUCCUCCAAAGGGAAAAUAACCUUUUAUGAGGUCACAGACUUGGGUCUAACGCCGGAGCCUGAGCAGGAGUGUCCACAUUGGAGGGUCCUGACCUGAAGUGCGGGGAGUCUGGAGGGGAGAGUGAUCUGCGCUCAGGAUGGGGGAGGAGAGGAAACUGGAACAGCUCCAGGGGAUAGUUCAAGGUCCAUAAUGGGCUGGGGGGGGCGGUCCAUGAGCUCUGAAAUUACAAUAGUGUGUGUGUAUGUGUGCACUGUGCGUUCUAAUCUGCAUAGGGAAAGCAAACAUAGUUUUAAAUCGUAUUUUCAAAGGAAAGCACCACCUCCAAAAAAUUAAGUCCCACGGGUCUAGGACAUAGAUUUAGUUUUGUACAUGGGGAAACUGAGGCUCGGAGCCAUCAUAGAAUUUGUUCCAAGGAGACACAGCCAACUUGUGACAAAGGCUGGAAGAGAACCAGAAUUGGACUGGCUGUGUAAGGGAGGCUUACACGAGAGGUGCAAGUCAAUGUCCUCCCCAGGCCGAGCUUGGCCGUCUGUGGGUCUCAGCCUGGACAACACCUGGACCCCCCAGAUUGGAUCCAGUGCCCUUUCUCCAUGCCUGCCCCCAGCAUCACCCGGGCUUUCCUGUGGUCUGGAGCUGUGCCUGUAUACAUCUGUCCAUACAUCCAGACACGCACAUACCUGCAUACGACAGGCAUAUACCUGGACGUACCUGCUGAUCAAAGGGCAGCAAAAGCACACAACUCAAGCUAGACUUAUACCAUGUCACACUCAGAGUCUCCCCCUCCCCUGGUGAACCCGUUCCUCCUGCAGGUUCCCCAGCUGGCGUAAUGGUGGCUCCGCGGUCCCCUGUGCCCAGGUCAGACCCUAGAGGCGCGUUGCCUUCUUGCUUUCCCUCCUGCCCGGAGCCACCCCGUCAGUACGUCUGGUCAACUUGACCUUUGUCCUUCACAAUAGAUUCAGAAUCGGACCCCCUUUCCCUUGCCUGCCUUUCCUGCACCCUACUCUGAUCCACCCUUGUGGCUCACCUGACUUGACAAGGAGCUUUCUGAAUGCUUCUCUCCAGCCUUCCCUUCUACCUGUUCCCCACCCAGGAGCCCGUCCUGUUCUGUCGCCCAGGCUGGAGUGGUGUUAUCAUACUCACUGCAGCCUCAAACUCCUGGGCUCAAGCGAUCCUCUAGUCUCCUGAGUAGGUGGGACUACAGGUGUGCACCACCAUGCCUGGCUAACUUUUAAAAUGGUAUUUUGUGUAGCGAUGGGGGAUUUUAUUUUGUGUAUGCUGUCCAGGCUCUCUCAACUCCUGGUCUCAAGUGAUCCUCUCACCAUGGCGUCUCAAAGUGCUGGAGUUGUAGGCAUGAGCCACUGUGCUUGACGCAGAGUGCUCUCUCUAAAACUUAGGACAGGUCUCAAGACUGCCCAAGACUGUCUACAGAUUCUCCAUCUCACUCAGAAAUGAAAAGCCAAAGCCUGCAAGGCCCCCCGCUCUCUCAGUCCUCAUCUUUUCCAGCCUCUGCCAUGCCAAGCACCAGGGCCUUUGUACCUGCUCCAUCUUCGGCCUGAAAUAUUCCUCCCUCCCUGACACCCCGCCCUCAGGUCCCUGCUCAAAGUUCACCUUUUCUGUGGUUUUCCAUGACCACUUCCCAAUCACUCACUCUCUGCCUCCGUGCUUCAUUUUUCUCUAGAGCACCAUUAACAUCCAGCAUGUAAUAUACUGACUUGUUUAUCUCCUUGCUGACUCUGUCCUUUGCUAGAAGGUAAGUUCCAGGAGGAGGGACUUUGUCUGUUUUCCUCACUGCCAAAUCCCUAGCACCUAAAACAGUGCCUGGAACAUAGUAGAUACUCAGUAAGCAUUUGUUGGAUGGAUGGAUGGAUGGACAUAUUGUUAUAUCCUGUUUGUCUGUCUUGCCCACAAAACUCUAAACUCCUUGAAGUCAGGGACUACGUUCUGGUCAUCACUGUAUUCCCAGGGGUGGAGGGUUAAGGAGUCACACUGGGCUGGGCACGUCAAAGUAGAAGAAAUGAAUGAUCAAUCUGGUCUUUUAAAAACUGAGAACAUGGAAGCCCAAGUCCCUAUAGCAGCCACUUCUAAACUGAGUCACAGUUCUCCUCCUAAGAUUCUGCCUGUAGCUGAAUAUGACUCUUCUAGAAUCAUCCAGGCCCCCUAGACAGAGCGGGUGGGAGAGCUGACCAUGUCGUAACCUUGGAAAGCCCUGAGAAACCACUGGAGUAUUUGGCUUUUAUUUAAUUUUUUUUUAUUGGUAUUUGGCUUUUAAAUUAAACUUUAAUACCACUUUGGGCUUAGGGCCCAGAGUUGGAGCCUGAUUCCCUGAGUCCCAGCUCCACCACUUACUUCCUGAGCCUCAGUUUUAUCAUCUGUAAAAUGGGAAUGAGAAUAACAGACUCUGCACUCAUCAGGUGGCCAUGAGGAUUACAUGCAAGAGGCACUGAAAGUGCUUAGAAUGGGGCCUGUGAAUGCUCAGGAAUUGCUGACUGCUACUAAAAGUUAAGUACUGAGCAGGAGGAGAAAAGAUUCAGUUCCUUUCAAGCUUCCCUUAGGUGGAUUCCAGCUAAUUGGAGCUUGGCCGGAUGUGGUUUCAGGUUAUUGCGCCUCAUUUAGGUUUCUGGGCAUCUGGACUGUUGGCAUGAUUUUCCCAGGUGACAUUGAGCAUUAUCUAAGGAACAAAACUCCUUUCAAGGUCAGAAAUGCCUAGAGGGCCACUGGUGUAGCCUGAGAGAGGCAAAACCACCAGCCUAGGUGUAUUCAGCUAUCCCCAGCUUCCUGGCUGGAAUUACACCCCUCGGGAUGCUACCAGCCCAAAGGAGAGGCUGAUUUGAGUAUAGAAGGGGAAAAAACAACAAAAACCAUCCUCUCUCACUCAAGGGAGCACAUCUCACUUGCUGGCAAGCAGCCAGGAUGUUUUUCUAAUCCCAGAGUAAAAAGCCCAUGCAACUUGACCCUGACCUACCUUCUCAGGCUUAUCUCUGCCCCUCUCCCUGCAACACACUUGCAUUUUAUUCCCCAGAACUAUCACAACUCCCACUCCCAUUUUCCAGAGAGUGUUAAAUGGUGAGUAUUCCCAUUUUCUUAGCUCACACAGCUGGGAAGGGGACUAUUCGGGCCUCUCUGCCUCUUUCCACCACAUCACUCUGCUUGGUGAUUCAGCCCAAUACUCUCUGCCCCCAGAGAUUUAUAAUCUUCUUGUACAUAUGGAGAAACUGAGGCCCAGGGCAAUCUGGAACUUGUACCAGGUCCCACAGCUGGUAAAUAAAUAGUACAGGGCUGGUUGGCCUCCAAACCAAGAAUUCUUGCCACAUUUAAAGUGCUGGCCAGGCUUAGAUUGAUAAAGUGAAACCAAAGGUAUAUAACCCAGUGGUCUGGGAAGUCUGAGUAGAUGCUCUUGGCAUAGUUGGCAGGUAGCUGCUUUUGACCCCGGGAGUCUUUGGGCAGGCUUACCCCUCCAGGCCUCCCUUCCAGCCAUCAAUGACAGGCUUGCUGUUAUCAAACUGCCUUCUAAACUCAGACAUGUCAUUGGUGGACUGAAUAUUUAUAUCCUCCCCAAAAUUUAUGUGAUGAAAUCCUAACUCCUAUGUGAUGAAAUCCUAACUCCUCCC